AAGCGGAAGUGAACGCCAGACUUCCCUGGCCCGGAAAUCCUCUUUGUAACCAUGGUAACGCGAGCUUUGUAGAAAAAAUGGCUACGUGUUUAAUAUCCAAGUGCUGGGGCGACCGUAAACGACACGAUGGCUGUGUGAAAAGUGGCAUGCAUUUAGAAUAUUUUUAAAACUGGUAGGCUUCAGAAGUCGUUGUCUCAGCAUGUUUACUGACGAAGCCCUGGACUCAGUGAGUGUCCGGUCACUGUGGAGGAAAUCCCAGCAGUCCGAGCAGGAGUCGAGAGACUGUCAGACCAGAGCAGUGCACAGUGCUGAGGCAGGGAUCCAAACUGUGUUCACCACUCUCAGCUGUACCCAGACAGAGCCGCAGGACCAGGCAACAGAGCAGCUCCUUAAACAAAAUCACAAUGAACCAGAGCCACUCGGCCUGAAGGACUUCCUGCAGCGGGUUGAGGAAGCAGUCAUCAGAGAACUGGUCAGAAAUGCCAGGAGUCAUGCUUUCGAUGGAUUCCAGGUGAACUGGGGUGAUCGCAGUCAGCUGGUUUCAUGUCUCCAUUGCCUUCAACAUCCCAUCUCUCAAGAGAGAGGUCUUCAUGUAACAAGUGUGUCCUGGAGUUGUACAGGUUCAGUUAUUGCCUGUGCAUAUGGUCGGAUUGACGAUGGAAACUGGAGCACUGAGAGGUCUUAUGUUUGUAUGUGGAAUCUGGACCGUCGAGGCCUGAGUCCCAGUCAAGCUGAUCUGGUCAUAGAUGUUCCCACUGCAGUCACUGCUCUGUGCUGUCACCCCAGCCAGCCUGCUCUCAUUGCAGGGGGUCUGUACAGUGGAGAGGUGGUGGUCUGGGACACUAGUCGGACUCAGGACCCUGUGCUGGCCCUAACUGGAAUGUCAGCAGACAGCCACAGGGAACCUGUUUAUCAGGUUGCCUGGCUACCCCUGCAGAAGAAAGGAGAGUUUGGUGUGCUGAGUGCUAGUUCAGGAGGUAGGGUGCUUGUUUGGAUGGUGGACUCGGACCAGGGCAGAUUUAUCCUGAAUGCUGCCUAUGCCUUAGUACAACAACAGGUUUCCCACAGCAGCAGCGUCAGCUUGAAGGCCCGAGGCAGCAGCACUGUGGGUAUCACCUCCCUGGCUCUGUCUCCCUGGGACUCUGAUACCUUCUUGGUGGGCUCUGAGGGCGGCCUGCUGCUCAGAUGCUCCUUCUCCUCCAAGGUGCCAGCUGCUGCACCCUCUGAGGGCCAGAGUGUGACACUGAGAGCUCCAGCUGUCUUCUCAUUCAGGCCUCACAGCGGCCCCAUCCACUCCAUACACUGCUCCCCUUUCCACAGGAACUUGUUUGUGAGUGCAGGGACAGACGGUCUGGCUCACCUCCACUCCCUGCUGCAAGCCAACCCGCUUCUCUCUCUCCGGGUUUCAGACUCCUACGUGUUUCAGGUGCAGUGGUCUCCAACUAGACCGCUGGUUUUUGCUGCAGCCACAGGACAAGGUGAGGUGCAGAUAUUUGACCUGGGUCACAGGUCACUGAGACCAGCAGCCACUAUCGAGCAGAGAGGUGCAGGCCAAGCAGCUUCUUGUUUGUCCUUCAACUGUCAGAACCCUCACCUCUUGGCAGUGGGGAAUACAGAUGGGACAGUUGGUGUUUGGCAGCUGAGCGCAGACUUGACGGAGCAGAGCCCCAGAGAGAGCAGCCAGUUGGAGCAGAUAGCUCAUCAAGUGGCAGAAUGAGACACUACUUGGGACAGAUCACUGCUGUACAGGACUGUUUUAUCCUCCAUUUAUGUCAGCGCUGUUUUGUAAAAGAAAAAAAACCAAAAACAAAACAAACCCAAAUCUUAACAUCUUAAGUGUGGAUGUGAAAUAAAAACAAGUGAGUGAAGGUG